AAAGGAAACAGGUGUUUCUUCAAAAUAUACGAACAGACGGGAUUUCGAUACCAGUUUUCUUUUUCAAGCAAGCAAACCAAAAUAGAUGGAAUAAUCUAAAUAUGAUAUAACAUUUGCGCAGUGUUGAUCUCGAAGUAGAUGCUGUUUCCACGCUGUUUCCAACGCUGUUUCCAUGACAACAACUGUAUACAAGGUAGGGGGUUGUAGCGCAAUAUUCGGACUUCAAUGAGGAUAGUGAACAGGUAAUCGAGUUUGCUUAUGAAACGUUUCACUGUUGUCAGGAUAAGUUCUUACGUCCAAGUCGGACUUUUCUGCAGAGAUGUUUCUGGAACCACAUUAUGUCGAACCAUAGUGGAUCUGUUUUCAAUCAUUCUUGUCUUAAAGUUCCAUUGAACCCGUCCAACAGACAGCCAUCCCCAUUGUAUGAAAGAGGAACUUUUGAUACAGGUACAGCUAUCGAAGGAAAGACAUACGUGCGAAGAAGACAAGGACAUAUGGGUAUUGAUGGUAAAGUCUCUAGGCCACAAUCUUGGCCACCUUCUGCCGAUUCUGGAAGAAAUGCAAAACUGCGUGAAGGGUCAACACCCCGCAGUGUGAUGUUAGAUGGUCGUAGUAGGGACUCAUUUGACUCGUUUAUGAACUUUUAUGAAAACAUUCCUGAUUAUGGAGAGUUAGGAAAUCUACCAGAUGGAGAGUUUUAUUUGAGACUACAAGCUUUAAAGGAUAAACAUAUGUUGUACUGUAAAUCGUUGACUGCUGAAAAUCCUUCUUUGGAGAACAAACCUGCAGAGACAGAACCAGGGAAUGGAGAAACACAAGUUAAUUCUGCAAUAAGCAAUACAAGUGGUUCAGUACCUGGAGGUAGUGCAGCCCCCUAUGCCGCAAUGAAAGAAUCCAGUAUUGCUGAUAACUCAAAAAAGAAUGAACGAAAGAAAUUUCUAAAGAAGUCACAAAGUAAAACAAUCAGUCAUGACUACAUCAACUGGGAGAAAUUAGCCGAAAACACACACUUAGUUUCUCCAUCGUCUGUUACCUCCAUAGAUCAUAAGAGUACACACAGAGCAUCAGUGAACGACAGUAGUCUUUUGGAUAGUGUGGAUGCCACUGUCAACUUGCAUCAAAAGGGAAACAGGAGUGAACAUCAAUUAAAUAGUUUCAAAAUAAAGGAGAAGAAAACCAAUGGAGUGACUAAUAUGAAAAGAGAGAUUCACUCUGCAUUUUCAAAUAAGCACACUGAACCCUGUAAAAGCAACAGUCGCCCGACAAGUUCAUUGAGGGGAAAUACAUGGGAUAAUUUAAGUGCCAAUGAUUGUCUCACAAAAUUGGAUUAUUUAUUUUCUGAUUCUGAUAGCGAGUAUGAAGAGCCACUUCUUCAGCGCAGUUUGCCGAGCAGCCCUAUUUUAAAACAUAACAGGCACACAACCAGAAAGGAGCCAAACAUUACUGUACCAAAACCUUUCAAAAUGACACUCAGAGAUGAAGAAGAGAGACGCUUAAAUGUGUUGCGAAAUGGGCUUUAUGAAGAUGAUGACAAAUCAGAAGAAGAAAAGAGUAUUUUUCGAGCUAAUCCUGUGCCUCUGCACACUCAUAUACCACUUUAUGACAAAAUAAUGGCCCAGCAAGAGAGAAGGAGGAAAAAGUUACGAAAACAGUUUAUUGCAGAGCUUCAGUCACAAAUGAAGCCAUUCAGUUUUGUUGUAAGGGAUGAAGAGCGUAAAAAACUAAGUUUCUUUCGUUCAACGCCUGACUUGAGUGCAACAGGGGAGAAUAAAUUCAAACCUUUUCGUGCAAAGCCAGUACCAAAGAACUUAUUUGGCAGUCAUGUGUACCAAAAAAUGAGAGAAGAUGAAUUUUACAGAUCACUGAAGAGAAAAAUACGAGCAGAGGAACUCUUACAGUCUGCGUCAUUACCUCCGUCCAUGGCUGCUAGAGAACAGUUAGAAAAAGAGUUGAAGCAUAUUAGAGCUCAGAGGGAAGAUUAUUCAGACAGUUUGGAUAUUGACAGAAGAAUAAAAAAUAAACAAAAGAUUCCAAAUUACAAAAAACUGCAUGAUAAAAUGAGGAGAGAAUUAGAACACAGAUUUGAUGAGAAUAUUACCACAAGCCCUCAUGAAUUUCGUCUGCAGACUGCAAACAUCCAAGGGAAGCGGUCAAAACUACAUUCACCCCCAUCAGAUAACAGCAGUGUAUCACCAUAUGGCAUUCGACUCUCAACUGAAAAGGAGAAACCUAGACCACAUUCUGCGCUGAGUGUAAUGGUAAACAGAAACAAUCUAGCAGCCAUUCUACGUAUACAGUCUGCAAGGCAACGUUUAGAAAAUGAAUUGCUACAGAAACAAGAAGAAAUAAGGAGAAAAGAGGAAGCACGAUUACGAGCUAGAUUCAUUCGCCGACAACCUGCCUGGAGAGCUCUUAAUUACAGUAUAGCUGAGGAUUUGGAAUUACGUUUACAAUCACGUCGAGAGGAGGAAAGAAUCAGGAGAGAAGAGUUCCUACAAGAUAUGGAAAUUAUGCUUGAUCGCGUGCAGCAGAUCCCACCAUUAUUUGCCAGGCAGUGUCAAGCAGGAAUGAAAGAAAAGUUCAAAAAACGGAAGAACGAACAGUGUAAACCUGGUCUGAAAAUUGCUGUUCAUGAUAUCCCUAAAAAGUAUCAAGAUUAUGGACAUUUCAGCCCAAGUGCCUUUUCCGAUGAUAAGUGUUCGAAACUUGGAUUAAAAGUAUCUAUCAAUGAAAAUGCAGAAACAAUUGCAUGUGAAAGUGAAUGUGAAGAUGAUACACAAGGAAUAACAAAGCAUCAAGGUGUUAAGAUUGAAGAAAUAGUGGAAGAUAAGUCAGAAAAAGGAACGGACAAACCGGUGGAAUCUAAGCAACAAACUGGUAACAUAAAAACAGAAGACUGCCCUGAAGAUGAUGACUGUGAUUAUACUGAAAGUUUUCAAGAUGCCAGUGAUGAUAAGAGCUCUCAUACUAGCACUUGUGACAGAGACUGAAAAAAUAGCAAUACUCAUUAAUUAACAGAAAUGUUACAUUACCAAAUAUUAUAAACAGGGCAAUAGUCUGUUCUUAACUGUAUAUUAUGCCAGAUGUCUGUGAAUAAGAUAUGCAAAUUGUCAUAAAAUAUGUUGCUGUGAACGACAUACAAUUAUCACUAUAUGCACCAGGUAACAGCCCACCAAAAAUUUGACAACAUAACAUAACUUUAGUACCAGCUCUAAUAAUAUGCCACUGGUUGCAUUUCAUGCUUGAUGGCUUUGAGCAUUAACUACAGUGUGUUUCCCAGUGCUUCUCAAACUUAGUAACACAGAAACAUCUGCCAUAUAUUGGCUCAUAUGGUACUCAUAUGUUAGAGGACUGCUGUAUGUGACUGAUCCAUGUAGUCUUUACUUGGCUUUGGUACACAGGAUAAGGGGUGAAGAAAUUUCGCAUGGCAUGGCAGAAGUUACUAUCUCAUCUAAUAACACAGCCACAUGUAUGUCAUGUAUAUCUACGUGAGGCACAUUAGGCCGUGCUUCCUGUGGCUGCAAAGUCAACGGAUGCUCAAGUGCGAUAAACUUCCUUUGCUCACCACUACACUUUCCACUGCAUUGUGACAUAACAAACUGCCAUAUUUCCAUAGCUGCAUGGUAUGGCCAUAUGCUUGUUGUUCCACAGUUGAUGACUACUUGGCCACAUGAAGCCAAGUGAUGGAACUGACAGUUAAGUGAAGCUGAGCCACAUGAAAAACUAGUGACGAGGAACAAGUACCACUCUUAUGGCUUCGAUCCAGGGAUGCAGCACCCUAGAACAUCUAUUUCAUGCAAACAAAUAACUUGUGGAUCUCUACCUCCUGCUUACAUCUUCACCCAUUUAACAAAGACACUGCAUGCUCCAAACUUUUCCUUCAGAACUAUGGAUGUUUUUAGUAACUCUCUUCACCAAAAAUAUAUUGUUAUGAAAUAAUUCACAGGAUUUGUGCAAUAUAAAACAAACAGCACUGGUUGUCAUCUGAGUUGUUUGGAAAUUAAUCAAUGGCUGGUCCUCUCCUAUAUUAUUGUAAGUAUCAUGACCACAAAUUAUUUGUAACUUCUUUUCAGACAUCAUGUAUCAUAAAUGCUUCACAUAUGAAAUGGACAAAUAAUAUUAAGCUUUACAAGUCAUCUAUUUAGAAGGUGUUGCACAUUAAUUGAGGCUGUAUGGAGCCAGAAAAAUCAUAUAUAUCCAUCAAGCAAUACCACUUACCUGUUUCUUGUGGCCAAGAUUGUAUGUAUUAUAACAUUAAUGUCCAAAAGUUGACCAUAAUAAUUGGGAAGCCUGGAAAGUGGAAAGAGCAAAC